CUAGAAUAAGAGCAGAUUUGAAGGGCAUGCUUGUUCUUUGUCUCCUCCACCUUCUUCUUCCUUCUCCUUCUCAUGUCUUUUCAUUUUCAUUUUGUUCUUUCUGUUCGCCAUUUGGUCUUCCACAAUCGGACCCACCAAAUAUUUGUUUUACGAAUCUUGAAAUUUCGUAUAAGAAUCGAUCGGAGGAAGGAGAAAAGAAACAGAGCAAAGUAGAGAGAUAUAGAGAGAACAAUGGAGAUGAAGAGAGACAUUAGAGUGGAGGAAGAGAACAUGUGUACUUCAUUGUUGACUGCAGUUGUUGUUCUUUCAAUGGCUUGUCUUAAACACUUCUCUUCUGUAUCGUAUUUGAUCGAGCAAUGGCGUUCGUUGGUGUUUCUUAUACUCAACGUCGUUCUCUUAGCCGUUUACUUUACCUCGACUCGUCCUAACCUCGGGAGGAGUCAUGAUUUCAAGACUCGUCGAGGAGGUAGAUUGAGAAUGAUGCGAGAGAAAAAGAAUAAGAUUAAGAAGAAGAAGACAAGGGUGGUGGUGGAACCGGCUUGUUUUGACCAAGGUUUCUUACUUGUUGAGCCAAAGGAAGUGAUCAAGAAGUGUGUUUUAGUGGAGGAGACGAAAAGAGUUUGCCCUAAAUUUGAGGAAACUGUGAAAGAUUGCUUGUUUCACAAGAAAGAAAUAGAGUAUAAUGGAGAAGAAGAUGAAUUUGAGCCAGGGAGGUUAUCCAAUGAGGAGUUGAACGAGAGAGUUGAAGCGUUCAUCACGACGUUUAGACAACAUUUGGUGCUAGAUGCGAGACGAGGUAGAGACAGAGAAACUGAUCAGAAGAUGAGACCAAAAGACUCUGACAGUAGCUUUUUAGUUCGGGAAGUCACUUGUUUGGUUUAAGAGUUUCUCUCUACAAUCUUUUUUUCAUCUUAAGAUUCGUUCGGUUUUGUUCGUUCUUUGGCUUCGUUUCUUUUGUGAGUUUGAGCUAAUAGCUCAAAAGAUCGCAUCUUCUUUUUUUGAUGUAAUGCCAUAAGAACACAAAAGUAUAUUCAAAAAAUUUACAUAACAACAAAAAAUCGAAAAUAUAAUCUUCUUCGAAAUUUU